AUGGCGGUGCUUCAGCAACAUAGGCAACAGCAACAGCUAAAGUUGGAGAGAGAAAUAAUAGAACUACGAGAAAAAAACGCUGUCGACAAGAAGAAAGAAGCAGUAGCAAAACUGAAAGAAUUGUUUGAAGACUUACGCGUGAUAGCCAACAGUAGUGGAGUAUUGUCUGAGGAGAUUAUCCGUGCUUCUAUAGUACCAGUUGAGAACUUACAGCCAGGAGCUCACGAGAAGCUUCUUGAACGGAGGCAGGAAAAGGAAAAAGAUGACGACGAGUCUCAUGGCACCGAUAAUGAUGAACAAGUGGAAGAAGACACUGAAAAUCUGAGUUCGGUUGAUAAGAAACUGGAAUCUGGGAAAUACAAAGACGACGUGUACGCUCUCUACCACGAUAUCAAACUUGCAACAAUUGCUAAUCUCAUAAAAUAUCCUAUUGGCAGCGAAAAGUACACUCAAAUUAACGACUUUUUCAAGUUUCUAUCUGACUGUAUGUUCCGUGAAGCAGUACGACUGGGUCUUCUUGAAGAGUACAAGGGUGAGCAUGAAGCUGAAAGCAAAGAACAAGCCGAAUCUGAGGAAACUACCAUGAAUAGAGGUGUGACCACAAGACGGUCGGCUGCGGGUCUGGGUACUGAGAAGCCGGCAGCGACAGAUGGAACAAAUGGAACAAAUGUAAAAUUGGAAGCAAAUGGCCGAUUGAAAACGAAUAAAAAGAAGCUUACUCAAGAGGAGUAUUAUGCAGAAGAAAGAGAUCGCUUUGAAAGCGAUAUUUUUAAUGGAUUCAAGAAGAUUUUUUCGGAUGUGAUGGAGUUCUACGGAGAAGCAUACUACAUCAUGGGCCAGCAAGGGCCGAUGUUUUCGUCGUUAACCGGCAAAGCUGCCAUCGACCCUCGAGAAACAGUAACCAGAGGACUGUUUAACACUGUACAAGUAUUACCACCUACCAAAGUACAAACCGGACCGUAUCAUUUGAUGUAUGUAUCACCACCAGUAGCGACACGCAUUCCGCAUCCCUCAUUACCUCCUUCGGAAAUAUUACAAUUUUAUGUUCAUCCUACUAAUGCUCCAUUACCCUCAACUAGAUGGCUGAAAUACGACUCAUACUCAUCAUUUGCUCCUAGUAGUGACGAUUUUGCAACUGUAUUAAAGCGAGGCUCAUCCGCCGCUGUGUGGUUGGACAAGGUAGGACUUCCUAUAGCCGAAGAAGCAGCUGCCAAGAGAGAACAGGACGAGUACGACAACGAAAGCAAUCCCGAAGAUGAUGAAGAUGAGGAUGAAGAAGACGAAGACGAUCAGGCACAACAAGCGGAGGAAGAUAGCGAUGUGGAGAUGAAAGAUACUGGCUCUGAUUUGGCAGGUGAUUCUGUCAAUAAAUCUGUUGUACAGACUACCGAAGCUGCUGUGAAGACGGAAAGCGCAAUCAGUCCAUCGACGUCAGAUAUAGUCAACAGAGAGGCUUCUCCUGGAUCAAGUCCAGCAUUGACCGUGGAUGAUGGUAUCAAUCUGCUACAUGUACUAGAAUGGUCACCGGCUAGUUUUGUUGAUGACGAUGAGAUAGAGGCAGCUGCCAAUGGAACGCAGGUCGAGCUAGUCAGCUGGCUUUUGCUAGAGUUACAGGACAUGCAGAGAACGAGAUUAGCCAGAGAAGAUACUUCAGCGUUCAUGAUUCCUGAAAGGGAACGUCGACUGGCACUCAAAAUCCAGAAUAUUCUUUCCCGUUUAAUAGGUGAAACAAAUCCCAAAGAUCUUGAUCUAUCGCUUUCGCAUCUACUCCCGAUCUUACAGACAAACUACGCAGGAACUCUGCCAGGUCCACCGGAACCAAAAACCUCACAGGCGGGCAGAUCGACUACCCGUACUCCUUCACGCCAGACACGCACUAAACGCUAA